UCAUUUUGCCAGUGUUCUGUUUGUUUGGAUAAUUACAAAUUUAUAAAUUUCGAAUUUGUUUUAACAUCUAAAAUUGGAGGUAACUUAGCAUAAAAUACUUAUAUUUCUAUGCUUAUAUUAAGUUUACAGUUUUAAUGUCCUUGGUUUUGUCCUACAGUCAUGGUUCAAGGUUUAUAAAAAAGUUUAAUAUGUAAUAUGCGCGCCUCAAAGCUCGUUGUUCAAGUUAAAUAAAGUUAGUAGUGCGCGUUGGAUAUAAUCAAAACUAUUGUUACAUCAUUGUAGCGGAUGAGUAAUCGAGAUGGAGAGGAAAGUUCUAAAUAGCAAAGAUCGAUUGGUAUCGUUCUUUAAAAACCAACAGUUCGUAGAUUGUACAUUCAAAAUAGACGGCAAAGAAGUUAAAGCACACAAAUUAAUUUUGGCCUGUAGUAGUCCCGUUUUCGAAAAGAUGCUCUUCGGCGACAUGUCGGAGGAUACAAUCGAGAUACCCGAUAUCGAUUUGGAGGUGUUUAUUCAAACGUUAGAGCAUAUUUAUACUAAUGAUAUACACAUCAGUUCAGUGCUAAACGCUUGGAAUUUAUUCUACGUUGCUAAUAAAUAUUUAUUGGACGAUCUGUUUUACAAAUGCCUGAAGUACGUAAGAAGUAAUUUAACUAUGAAUACUUUAGUGUUGAGUUACGAGUACGCCGAAAUGUACGAUUUAUCUAAUAUAAAAGAGAAAUGCUUUGAUGAUAUGGUGAAGUAUAUAAGCGGGCUGUUUUUUUGUGAUUAUCAUAUGAAGUCUUCUACGCUACGAGCUGUUUUGGGGGAAAUCUCCAGUCCGAAUCUUGAGUUGUUAGUGAAAAUAAUCGAAUGGAGUCUUUUAGAAUGCGAGAAUCGCCAAAAGCAAGUUUCUCCCGGUACCGCAGUUGAGCUGUUGAAGCAAGAAAAGAUUAUCGAAUUCUUCAAGAAGGACUGUCUCGAUUUCCAAAAAUUUCAGCAAAUCAACGAUAAAUUAAUAAAGGAUAUUUUAAUUCUUCUUGGCGAUCAAUUGGAAUGGCCCAAGGAACCCUUCGAUCUCAGUAUAUCCCAUGUGAUUAUCCCCAAAUUCUGUCAACUUCGUAAAUCAUUUAAAAUCGCUUCAAGAAUGGACCUCAUGCCAAACGAAGAAUUUACUUCCGAUGUCAGAGUUAAUAAAAAAAUUAUGAUCUUCGGUUUGUCUAUAAACACUCCAAUGGUGCCUUCUUCGAACACGAAAAAUGUAUUCUACGAUGGUGAAAUAUGUAUCAGAAUCUGCCUAUUGGAAUCACAAAGAGAUGUUGUAGAGCCUAUGAAAUUUAACAAGUUAAUACCUUACAAUUCGCCUGGUGUUUACUUGAAUUUCUAUAAUUUAGCUGUACUUGAACCUGAUUUAUACAAUUUCCGAAUCUCAUUUAAUAAUCCAUCCGACAAAGGUACCACACCUUUGCAUUUGUGUUACAUGAGUAAUGAAUUAUUAAAUGAAAACAAAGAUUGUUUGUUAGCAUUCUAUGAGGUCUAUGGUACUAUAAUACAGGGAAUAUCGUUUUACCCCUAUUAACUGAUAAACAGUAUUUAGAAUUUCAUUGUACUAAUAGCUGUUAUUGGAAAAUGUGAUUUAUAAUACAUUACUAAAAAAUAAAUGUGAUAAUAAUUA